UCUGUCAAAUCCCAUAUAAAUUUCGUCCGAUAAAAUCGCUUCCGAUGAGCGUUGCUACCGCCCUAAUAUCCAUAUAUUUUGAUCCGUAUAACCAGGCUGUCUAAGGGCCCUGAUUAAACUUCUUGUAAAUUGGUUCUUCCUCAUUAUUUAAUGAAAUGCAACUACCAGAAGAAAAACAUUUUGCUCGAAAAAUAAAUUGUUCUAAGCGUCCUCCGUGGGCACAGGUGGUUUUAGUGUGGUGUUGUACAACUGGGUUAAUUUUCCUAUUUGUCUCCGAAGCACAUGGAUUACGAAUGUUUUCAUCAUCGGAUAUGUAUCGUAUGCGAGAAAAGGUUCGCCAAAUGUUUCAACAUGCCUACGACGGCUACCUACAAUACGCUGCCCCUUUCGACGAAUUGCGUCCGUUAUCAUGCGAUGGUAUCGACACUUGGGGUAGUUAUUCAUUGACAUUGAUUGAUGCUCUGGAUACAUUAGCAGUCAUGGGUAAUUACACUGAAUUUGGACGCGUGGUACAGAUGCUGCAAGGUCGAUCAUUUGAUGCGGAUAUUAACGUUUCGGUGUUCGAGACCAAUAUUCGUAUUAUUGGAGGUCUGCUUUCUGCCCACCUGCUUUCUUAUCACGCUGAUUUAAUAUCAAUGGGGCUCGUAGAACCUGGAUGGCCUUGCCAAGGACCUCUCCUAGACAUCGCUGAGGAAGUUGCACAACGUUUGCUUCCUGCAUUUGAUACAGCUACUGGUAUGCCGUAUGGGACAGUAAAUCUACGACACGGUGUACCGUAUGGAGAAACAACCGUUACAUGCACCGCCGGCAUCGGAACAUUUAUACUGGAAUUUGGAACCCUCAGCAGACUUACGGGGAAUCCUGUCUAUGAAGACGUGGCUAUGAAUGCUUUAUCUGCAUUGUACAAACACCGAUCACCGAUAGGACUAUACGGAAAUCAUAUCGAUGUACAAACAGGUCGGUGGAUAGCACAGGAUGCAGGUAUUGGAGCUGGAGUGGACUCUUAUUUCGAAUAUUUGGUAAAAGGCUCAAUUUUAUUGGAAAACCCUGCAUUGAUGGCGACUUUUUUCGAAAGUAAGGCAUCGAUUGAUCGUUACCUUAAACGAGAGGAUUGGUAUGUUUGGGUGAGUAUGAGCAAAGGUCAACUCACCUUGCCUGUGUUUCAAUCGCUAGAGGCAUACUGGCCAGGGUUAUUGACUUUGUAUGGCAAUACUAAGGAAGCCCUAAAGGUACUACACAACUACCAAACUGUGUGGCGGCAGUAUGGGUUUCUUCCAGAGUUUUACAAUAUUCCUACAGGAGAAGCAGGUGCAAAUCGUGAAAAUUAUCCUUUGAGACCAGAGUUAAUCGAAUCUGUUAUGUAUCUUUAUCGCGCAACUAGCGAUCCAUUUUUGCUACAGGUAGGUGAAAAUAUACUGGAAAGUAUAGAGCAUAGUGCGAAGACGCCAUGCGGCUAUGCGACUAUACGGAACGUUCUGACUCAUCAACAGGAGGAUCGAAUGGAAUCAUUCUUUUUAGCAGAAACCACAAAAUAUCUUUACCUACUAUUUGAUCCGAAUAAUUUUUUGCAUAAUGAUGGAAGCAUUGGUAAUGUCGUAAAAACAAUAUUGAACGAUGGCGUCACAAAGGAACACAAAUGUGUGGUAGGUGCCGGGGGAUACAUUUUCAACACAGAAGCCCAUCCAAUGGAUCCUACUGCCCUUCGCUGUUGUGAAGCAAGACAUAUCAAUAUUUUUGCUAACGCGCUUGUCGAAAAUCAAAUGAAUAAAAAAGAGCGUAAAGGAAAACUUCUUUUCGCAAAAGGUCAACAAUACUUGCCCAACACAAAGAAAAGAGAAGAUAAAAAAAAUGAAUGGAUGAUUACAGAACCUAAAGAGCCAACUAAAAUAACUGAUGUUGAGGUUGAAUUAAAAGGCGGAGAAAAGAUGGCUACCACAAAAUUACCUAUAAACACGAUAAAUCGAGAAGUAGAAAAAAUAGAGAGCAUUACGAGAGGAAUUAAAAAAAAAACAAUGUACUCAAGCGAACCUAUAUCAAAAACGAACCAUAUAAAGUCAAUCAAAGAACAAUUUUCACAGUCAUUCAAAGACGAAAUCAAUCAUGCAACCGCCUUUUCGUUUUUGCCUGUAGACACUGCCUGUUCGAAUAAAGCGAAGAGCAGCAGUACAAAAAAAGUGUCAGAAAUAUUGUUGAUAAAAAAAUCUGAGGAAGAAUUUACAACUGUAACAGUACAAUCUUAUAGUACCACAGGAUACUCCGCUUCAACUAAAGCCAAGAAUGGAAACGAGGAGGACACACCGAUGGCAACGAUGCUGAAACUUGUGCAAAGCAUGUUUCAUAGCACUGCCAACCAUGCCAAAAAACAAUCUGUUUUCGACCUUGAAAAUUUCUAUCAACACGUAAUGAAUAACCGCUUAUUGAAUGAAGAAUGUGGAAAUUUUAACAUUUCGGGGAUGUCUUUACCAUCUUAUAACAAAGAGAAAAUACCUAACGGAUUACUCACAUGUCGAUCACAAUCCUUUCUACAAAGGCUCACUCUCAUCGGAGAAUUCUAUUGAAGGGUAUUGCACACCAGGCGAAGCUAAGAUAUGAAAUAAAGUGAUGAGAGUGGUACCCGAGAAGAACGGUUAACGGGGACCGAAAAUGGCCGCAAAAUAACGUGUAUCUCGAAUUUACGCUUAAGUCGAAUCUUGUGAUUGCCAGCCAAAAUAUCACUAAUUUUCGUAUAAUUUCAUAGUAGCGGGUAGUCUUAGCCACCUAAUUAAUUUUUUGUAUUUUAUGUAUUUCCAAGUCACAUUUGCUCGAAACAGUUUUUCCAUAUCUGCUCGAUAAGUACUCGAUAAACCUAAAAUUAUUGAUUUGUGUGUGAUCAUUCAUUCAUUGGUAUUUAUUUCUUAGAUGUACAUUAAUCCUGAAUUACAAUUUAGUAUUUUACAUCGGUACCGGAGUUUCCAUAACGCGAUAUUUCGUUGAUUUUUUUGCACUUGGCAUUGUGGACACUAUUCCUGAUGUUAAAUGAAUUUGACGUAUUGAUGGAGGAAAAAUUACAAAAAACCUCUUAAUUUGGCUAUAUUUUCUAAACUAUGUACUAACUUAUUCUUUAUAAACUAUACUAGGGGAACUAAUUCAUAUUGGGAUUUGCAAUUAGGGAGAAAGAGAAAAAAGGUAAUAUUUACAAAUAGAAAUAUCGUUUUAGAUGAGGUUUUGUAGUGUAUGUAUGCCACUAUUUGUGCAUUUAGAUCGAUAUUUAAUAUUGAUUUUUUCUAUAAACUCGCUAACCCUGUCAAUUUUAGCUUUUCUAUGGAUAAUGCUUGUACUGUACCAAGGCGGGAGAUUUAGUAUUCGUUUUAAGAAUUUGUUUUGAAAUAUCUGCAUUUUCUUAAUAUGUGUUUUUGCACUGUUUCUCCAUAUUGGUGAUGCAUAGGUAAUUAUAGGUCUUACUAACGAUUUGUACAUAAGUAGUUUGUUUCGUUAAUUCAAUUUAGCGUUUCUAUUAAUAAAUGGGUAAAGAAUUCUAAUCGCAUUUGUGCCGCUAACUAAUUUUUCUUCAAUGUGUUUUUGAAAUGUAAGCUUUUUAUCUAAUACUACUCCUAAAUAUUUUACGGUGUUAUUCCAAGGAAUUUCGUUAUUAUUUAUCAAAAGUGAACUAUUUGGGAGAUUUCUUGCGCUUCGGCACCUCGUGAAAUAUAUUGCUUCCGUUUUUCCACAUUUAAUUUUUAGUUUCCACUGCUCACAGAAGGUCACAUAUUUUCGUAUGCCUUUGUUGAGGCUACACAAUAUGCUAUCGGGGUUGGAACUAGAUGAACUGAUAGCAAAAUCAUCAGCAAAAACGUAUUUCUUAACUCCUUUCAUUUUAGGUAUAUCGCUUGUAAAUAUAUUAAAAAGUAUUGGGGACAGCACACUGCCUUGGGGCAGGCCGGCAAGUGGUUUAAAGGGUUCAGAAUGAUAAGAAUGAAGAUGAACGGAGCCAGAUCGAUUCGACAAGAAGGAUUUAAUGAGCAGAAUUAAUUUGGGGGGAAAAUUGUUGCUGAUCAAUUUGAAUAUUAGUCCAUCGUGCCAUACUGUGUCAAAUGCCUUUUCGAGAUCAA